CCUAGUCAGAUAUCAAUGCAGCUUAGUAGAUCUAGAGGUCAGACGAAAUCAUGGCUUCCGACGUAACGAUCUCGCAAUCCUUGCGACGUUCUCUCGACACGCUCACCCGCCCUAUAAGCUCCAUCUCUGACCUCCACUCGACCCUUUCAUCCAUCCUACACGACCUUGCCUCGGCUCAAAAGGCGGAUCUGGACAAGAUCGGCAAGCUCAUCUACCUGAUCCAGAAAGAAUUAGUCGACAAGGUCCUGCCCGUAUGGAAACCCGUGCUCGAGAUGAAUGGGGAGGAGAUGGGGAUGAUCAGGACAUUGUUCGUGCCGUCGACGGUCAAAGGGAACACCGACACAGGCGUUCGCAGUAGCAAGGAUUUCCGCUUCGCAGAAGACAUAGCUGUUACCAUUGCUCUAUCUUCAUUCCAGACAAUCUCUUCCUCAUUUACGCCCAAGCUAAAGGCGGAGGAAACAACCUACCUCCUUGAUCUGCUGCAAGACCUCCUCGGUCUCUACCCGUUCGAUCGGAUCUAUACUUUCCUCUACCUGCAACAAAACGGAAGCAGUGAUAGAAAUAGCAGCAACGUAGAUCUCAUCUUCCAGACCUACACUCAAACGUUCUUGGGCUUGUCCGGAAAGGUUGGGAACGUUUUAGGCAGGCUAAGGGUGGAUGGGAUGACAGGCAAACAGGACGACGGUCGGGGUUGGGACGAGCGUGGGUUUUGGAAUGGAGUAUGUCGCGGUAUCGAGCACGUCCUAUGGAAAAUGAGCUCCCUGGGAGUCGAACCGGACGUCGAACCGCUCAUUCCGCUCCUGACUCGUUUAACGACGCUUGGUCUCUUUCCUCUCCUUACUACCGGGUCUUCGACCUCCACGCUCGCAUAUUCUCGCUCGUUCUUCUCAUCCUGCAUGCCACAGGUCAUCACGCAUCUCGAACAAUCGUCUACAUCACCACAGUUCGCAUCUCAAGCGAACAAGUACCCUAACGUAUGGAAAGCUAUCCGGAACGAACUAGCUACAAAGCCUAGGAGGGCGAUCGUGGGGUCUUUCUUCUCGCUGCUUACCGCACGGGUUGUUCUGCCUGCAUCCUCCGGACCGGAACCCAAACUCGACUCUCAAUCCCGUCCUGGAUCAGACGGGCAUAUCAAACGAAUGUCCGACCUUCUACGCCUCUUCGCCGGUCAUCCAGACAGACGAGAAGAAGGAACAUUGAGAUCCGAUGUCCUCCCUCUGGUCUUUAUGAAACCUGCUGGAAUACAUGCUUCGACCCCGAAGCUGGACCAUGAAUGGGAGAGGAUGGCAAUCAGGGCCAGAGUGAUCGUAGCAUACGCAGCGAGUGGUGGAAAGGGGGUAGUAGGGAUGGUCUUGGAAGAUAUCAUGCGGGUCUGGGGUGAUCCCUCGGAAGUCAAAUAUGGGUUGAUGGGAAGGGGAGCUUUCCUGACCUUGUUGAUCAUACUGCUCGUAUCGGCCCUGCCACCUUACGACCCACUGAUCACCCGGAUCACGUAUCACUCGCCAUUCUUGGUCUCGAUGCAAUCUUACUUGGGACAUUCGGAUCCAGCGAUCAGGCGGCUGGGUAUGUUGGUGGGGGAGGUGAUCAGUCGGAGGAGCAUCCCUUCGGAUGACGACGAUAACGAUGAUCAUGACCUUGACCGCAAGGAAGGUGCAUCUGACAGACGGAAAGGGAAAACGGAAGACGGCAAGGUGAUCACAGAGUUGGAAGGGAUGCUGGACGACUUGGAGGUGGAUGGCAAGGGCGCGAAAGCGGCUUCGGCGAGACCCCCACCCAAAGUGAAGCGGCUCGAUUUCGGAAAAGACGUCUGGGAAGGUACGGGAGGUGGGAGAGAAGAGUGUAGGUGGUUGAGGGCUUUCUUGGGUCUGCGGGAUGGGCAGGCGGAUGUGGAUCUUAGUGACGGGAUGCUAGGAUGGGAAGAAGCCGAUGAGAAAGAGUCUUCCGAGGACCGAGACAUCAAAAAUGGCACAACAGCCGAUGUGCAGGCGGAUUCGGAUGACGAGGCUCCCUUCGCGCCUGCUCGAGGUCGAUCGGCCCGGUCGAGACCCGCCAAAACUGCAGCUAUCGUCGACUCGGAUGACGAUUCGCUCGUCGGUUACUCGGACGCAUCCCCAUCGUCUUCACGCUCGCCCUCGCCUACACCCUCUUACCUCGAAGAAGUCGCCAACGAUCCUAUGCUCAAUACAUCAACACGAGAAAAGGUUCAGCGGCCCGUCUAUCUAAUGCAGCUGUUGGAGCUGCUGAGAGCGAGGACCGAGCCGGAGAAACUUGAGGUGGCACUCCGUUGGGGAGAGGAGCUCAUCAGACGCAAAAGGGACUAUGGGACCGAACUGGACGAAAAUGCUGAAGAGCUUGUUCAUCAAGCUUUAGCUCUGUCGGAUCCAUACGACCUGGAAGACUUUGAGAAGAGGCGACAGGGGAUCGUCAUAGCUUUAACGGCUUGUUCGCCCCGGAUCGUUGCACCCCUCCUCAUCCGGCUCUAUUUCGAGGCACAAUACUCUCUAGUUCAACGUUCGGCAAUCCUGACGGGUCUCUCUAUGGGCGCUCGAGAAUGCGCUGGGCUUCCACUCGCGGUCGAACCGCAGCGAGCCAAGGUCGAUUUCCCCUCGAAAUUCCUACCACCAGCUCUCCACGCCAAAUAUGCUUCGGCUUCAGAUCCAGCAUUUUCACAGGCGCACAAAGCCAUCUCGGACGCGACUGAUUCCGUCACCAAUGAAGCGCUUCGACGCGGCCGAGACUCAACGGCGGAUAAGCAUCCCGAAGUGGUCAGACAUCGACAAUUGCGUGUGGCCGGCGCAAAUGCGAGAAGCAAGAUCACAGACAUGGCUAACGCGGUCAAACCUGUUGCGCCGAGUUCGACAAUGGUGACUGCGCAGCAACCUAAAGUCGCGUUCAAGGACGUCGCUGCAGAGUACUUCCUUCUACCCAUGAUGAAUCGAUUCUGGACAUACCUCCAGGAGGAGGUCACGAGAGAGCAGCAAACGCGAGGCAAAUACACCGUCGGCGGGACAGGCAUGAUCCUAAGUCCGCUUUCGGUGUCGCAAUUCCUAUCGACGUUGACCAUUAUGGUGCACGCGGCGCGUCAUUCUGUUCUCUACCUCUCGGUCAUUUGUCCCGAAUCACUGGAGCUGGCCAUCAGCGUCGGCUCGAAGCUCUCGGUGGCACCAAACUUCACGCCCUCUAAAGGACCUUCCGAUGCCAAAGACUUCGAAUCAGACGUAGUUGCAACAGCUCUGGAGCUUGCACUGGUCAGUAUCGACGGCGCUCAGGAGCUGGAUGGUGGACGCGCUAUCGCAACAGAACAAAGCGUGACACUGAUGGCGGCAGGCGAAUGGGCGAGCGAGAUCUUGCAAAGGGAGACGCGGGGAGAAGCCACGACCACGAAUACUGGGGGCAGCAGGGAGGGUAGGGUACAGAAGGCAGCGGCAGGCUUGCUGGUGCUUGUUUCCGGCAUCGUCGAGAAGAUGCAAACUCUCAUGAACUAACGUGUACAUCACGAGCGAAUACGACCUUGACGAGUUCUCCAUGAUUGAUCAACGCGAUAGUAGACUGUAAUUGAUUGUAAAAAGGGUCCGUUUUAUGAAACACUUAGGAAUAUCGCCGUUUUCGGCGAAGAAAUGCUGACAAUAUCCCUGGUAACAUCCCCGCAGUAUCCAUGGUACGGUUUCAAUGUCGCUAGAUGCGUCAAGAAAUUCGGUUUAUAGGUCGUAUGGAUUUUUCCGUUCGUUUGACGCGUUAGCCGUGCUGGCCUCGUUAGUAAGCGCGAGGGCGCGGGUAUCCCAAGUCGAUCGAUUCGU